UUGGAAUCUGUAACCACAGUAAACUAUAACAAAGAUAAACACUUACACAAUUUACUAGAUUAUUCUAUGAUUUCCGGUACAUUUCCCUAUUGCACACGACUGACAUCUGUUGUGAAAGUAUAUUCUUCUAGAACUAAAAGGAAGAUGGUGAACGUACCAAAGCAGAGGCGUACAUACUGCAAGAAGUGCAAGAAACACAAGUUGCACAAAGUAACCCAAUAUAAGAAGUCCAAGGAAAGACAAGCCUCCCAAGGACGACGAAGGUACGAUAGGAAACAACAAGGAUAUGGUGGACAAACGAAACCAAUUUUCCGGAAAAAGGCCAAAACAACAAAGAAGAUUGUGUUGAGAAUGGAAUGCACUGAGUGCAAGUACCGUAAACAGAUCCCUUUGAAACGUUGCAAGCACUUCGAAUUGGGCGGAGACAAGAAAAGAAAGGGCCAAAUGAUCCAGUUCUAAAAGCUGUGAAUAAGACCCAAUAAAAAAGUUAUGUAAUA